UGCCAUAUGUCCAAGGACUAAUGCAUUCAGUCAUGGAAGAAAUUCAAAAAAUUACACUUAGAAAAGCAAAAAGGACGAGUACAUCACAAGUGUUCUUGGGAGGUGUGGAAGCUUCGUCUUGCAGUCCGACGAUGGUCCAGAAUAAUCGCGAGCUUGCUCUCGAACUAAACAAAGCUAAAUCUCGAAUCAAAGAACUUGAAGAGAAAGGUUUUUCGUCCAAAGCUGAACAUUUCCUGUUAAUGGAAAAGUACAGUUUGCUGGAUGCGCAACUCCAGCGCAUGAGAGAUGAGCAGCAGACAAUUAAUAUUGACGCGGGAGAACUCAAAAAAUUCUGCAGGCAUUUGCGUCCGACAUUGGACAAGGCGCUUGAAAAGUUACUGCAAUCUUCUGAAUUUCUCGACGAAGCCUACAAAUCGGUGUCUCAAUUCUUGCAAACAAUUGAUUGGAGAGAUGGAGAUAACCAUCGAGACUUCUCUCCGAAAUACGGGGAGCCACUUAAAACACCAUGUGACAAAGACGAGUCCUCGCAGAUGAGCAGGGAAGCAGCGCUAUCUUUGACGCGACUAACGCCUUCACCUUCGUCUUCCUCAUCAUCAGACAAUAGUGAAAUGGCUUCGUCACACCAUGAUGAUGUAUCCACCUGUUGCACCUCUACCCCUCUUGAAGGCUCAUACGACGAUCGUCGUACAAUUUCGGAGCCUCUCAAUACUUCAUUGGCGGACGUAAGUUUUCAUUUAAUUCUUGACUCUCCGCCGGACAAACGAUCUGUCAAUUCCAUGGACUUUUCUGGCGAUACAAAGCAGACGGAUAUGGAUACAGAUUGUUCUCUGCUUGAUUCAUACGACAUAAACCCGAUCACGACCUCGCCAGAUUUCUCCGUCAUCAAAGAAGAAAAAUUCACCAAACAUCGCUUGGAGUCAACACCAGAAGAGGGUGAAAUCAAACGAUUUGCGGCUGAUUCUUCUGCCAGCAAUACCAGUCCAUCUGCCACUCUUCUGUGUGUUGGAAGACGUACAUCAAAAAGGAGAAGUACGAUUGAUGAAUUUACCAGUUAUAAAGAACCGUCAAUCCACAAAAAAUUGAGACAAGGCGAUCCAUUCACCGACUGCAGUUUGUUUCAACCGUCACAGCAUAAAUUAAACUUUGCGGGAAAACGAAAAAAUUACGAAGAAAAAUAA